AGUACGCUGAUGCUUCUGGGAUAGUUAGCUGUGGAAAUAGGCAGAGUGCGGCUGAGCUGAUAUUUCAUGCAGUGUUUUCACAGCAACAACUACAUUACGCAUUUACAAAAGCAACCAAUAGACUAAUCAUGGCUGUAACUAGAGCACAGUCGGCAAAUAUACUUCAACAUAACGUCAAGAUGGCGAUCAACAAAGAAAAUCCAGACCUGAAAGCCUUGACGGCGAAGACGAAUGGCCUUGGUCUGGCUGCUCGUCCAGUGUCGCACGCUGGUCAAAGAUCUGCGCUUGGGGACAUUCGCAACAAAGUCUCGGCGAUAUCAAUAGACACUAGUAAAAAACAGGCUGCCAUAAAAAAGGAAAUAGUUCAAUUAUCAAACAAAUUACAAUCUCAACAACAGUCCUUGCAAUCGCAACAACAAUCCUUGGUGCUAAACAAAACGAAAGCCACAUCUUCCCUUAAGUCAUUAAUAGAGACGCAAACAGACUACGCCAACCAUGUUCAUCUGGAUGCAGAAGAACCUGUUCAUAAACCAGAGCCAAAGAUGCCUGAAGUAUUACGAUCAAUGCCAUCGCAACCAUCAACAGUGUCGUUGGUUCCGGCCACGAUACCCGAAUGUAUGGACAUCAGCGAUGACAAACCUGAGGCAUUCUCAAAGGCACUGCUCAAGGUGCAAGAUAUUGAUGCAAAUGACAAAGAAAACCCACAGCUGGUCAGCGAAUAUGUCAACGAUAUCUACACCUAUAUGAGGCAAUUAGAGGAGAAAUACACAGUGCAACAAAACUACUUGGAAAACCAGGAGGUGUCUGGGAAGAUGCGGGCCAUCCUCAUUGAUUGGCUGUGUCAGGUCCACCACCGAUUUCACCUACUCCAGGAGACCCUCUACCUCACAGUAGCCAUCAUCGACCGGUUCCUUCAGGUGUGUCCUGUACCAAGGAAUAAGUUACAGUUAGUGGGAGUGACUUGCAUGUUAAUUGCGUCAAAAUACGAGGAAAUGUAUGCGCCAGAAUUGGCAGACUUUGUUUACAUCACAGACAAUGCUUAUCAAAAGAAAGACAUUCGUGAUAUGGAAGCUAAAAUUCUCCGGGCAUUAGAUUUCAAUAUGGGAAAACCUCUGUGUUUACAUUUUCUCCGACGGGAUUCCAAAGCUGGACAGGUGGAUGCCAUGAAGCACACACUCGCCAAAUACCUGAUGGAGCUGACCAUCGUAGAAUAUGACAUGGUGCAUUAUAAUCCUUCAGAAAUCGCUGCUGGUGCUCUGUGUCUCUCCAUGUUGAUUCUCGACGGUACCAAAUGGACGGACACGCUGAGUCACUACAGCUCCUACACCGAGAAGGAUCUCGCGCCCAUGGUCCACAAGUUAUCAACUCUAGUCAUCAAAGCUGAUAAAAGCAAACUUACAGCUGUAAGAACAAAAUAUGCCAGUUCAAAGUUCAACAAAAUCAGCACCAUCUCAGAGCUACAAUCUCAAACAUUAAUAGACUUAGCAUCAGCUGCGGAGACAGCGUCAUGAGACUGUGUCUUAAAUCAUUCCCCUAAUGAGCAUUUCCUGUGAUGUACUUUGGUGUGGCGCGAAAAGAAGAAAGUUGACCCAAGUGAACAUUUCCGAUGCCAAGCCGAACACUAUUUUAAAAAAAGUUUUAAUGGAUACCAUUGAGAAAGCUUGCGUUUGAUUGGUUGAUGCACAUGGAUGGAGUUGUGAAGUGUUUUUCACCAGUAUUGGACGUGACUGAUUAUGUAUGCGAGAGUUCCCUCAAAGGGAAACGAUGCUGAAUUGUUGAUCUGUGUGUGUAAAUGACUACUUGAUGUGAGUGAAUGUAAUCUGUUUGCAUGAGAGAAUAGCUGUUGACCAUAAAUGAUGCGAAAAUGCAUUUUUAGAUGUAUGGAAUAUUUUUUUAUAAUGAGCUUGAAGGGAGCAUGGUAAUCUCGUAUGAACAAGUCGGCUGAUCAUGACACGAAAAUCCUUGAAAAAACUUAUUUCUUAUAAAGUCCUCCACAAAUUAACGUUGUUGAUACUGAAAAUAGGUGAAAAGUUGUGAUUUGUGUGGAACUCGAUAGGACAUGACUUUUUCCAAAGAUGAAAAGAUUUUUUUUGUAUAAAGGAAUGAAAAGUGCACACAAGUUCAUCUGGGUUUUCCAAAUCUUAUUUCUGUCUCAAAAGGAAAGGUUGGUUUUAUGUUAUUACUGCGUUCCCUUGAUCUCUGUGUCCGUCAGAAGUAUCGGUCAGUUUGUCCCAAGAAUAUGAAAUUCAGUAUUUUAAAUGUUUUGCUCUUUCCGAAUCACUGUUGUACAACACCUUUUUAUUUGUUUAAUCUUGUUGCAUUUGUGAAAAUAUUUUUUUAUUUCUUUUAAAAUUGUUUUUCAAAUAUUUCAAUUAUCUCAGAACCGUGCUUACAUUGACUAGUGCAAAAUUAUUAAGAUUUUAAGUAAAAAACCAGAUGGACUUGUGUCUACUUGAUUUGCCAAAAUGUAAAUGAAAAUAAUCGGCAAGAAUAUAAUAUUUAAAAUAUAUAGGCAGAAUAUUUGGAUUUCAAUUACACUGGAGUAUAAAGAGAUCUAAACUAGAGACACCAGUUGUAAUAAGGAGUAAUUAUCUUGAUUGAUACAAAAAAUCAUGGAAAUUAUACUAAUUUGUGUAUGAAAUAAGUUUUUGGAGAAUUUUUAUUUUGGAUUUGAUAUUUAUAAGCUAUUUAUUUACAUGGGCUCAAAAGAUGUGUUUACUUUUUUGUUAAAUGGUGUAAUCAUACAAAUUUCAUAAAUGCCAUCAUCUUGUGGAAUUUUGGUGAUGGAGGAAUUGUUCAGACUUUUGUGGAUUUGGGGACGGGGGUUAUCAUUUCUUAUAGAGUUGAGACAGUCAGGGUAUUCUGUGUUUGUUUAGAAGAUUUAGGGAAGUAAAAUUGAGGCGCCAAUCGCAACUCACUCAGCCUUGGUUGAACUGGCAGCCCCACUUGAGUCUUUCACAAUAUUGUGUAUAUUCGCCAUUAAUUUAUUUAUAUAUUGUAAUGCUGCCCUAAACAGGCCAGUGGUAUUAGCUAGAGGUGGUAGUCGGGCUUUCUCCCGGCUCUCAACACCAGGCCAGACAAUGGUUCUGUGAUUAAUCAAAUUAAAUUUUGUUUGGUUAUGUACUGAUCAAUUUGACAGUCAAAAUGUUAUUUGAUUGGUCAUUGAUAGUGUCUAUAAAAAAAACUGAAAAUUCAGCAUCCAUAUUUUUUGCAGGACGAAUCACUGACAUGAGUUUGUCAUUUCAAAUUUGAAAAUUUGUUUAUCUCUUGACAGAAAAAUCCCUGAAAAUAUCAAAUUUAAUCAUCAGAGCAUCUUCUAAAUGGUAUAUGAACAAAAUAAAGAAAACAUAGUAAAUGAAAUUUUUUAAUUUAAGAAAAGUUUACAACUUCGUAAAGUUUUACUUGUAAAUGAUGUUUCGGAAAAAAGCGUAGCUGAAUUUCUUGUUUUGUUGGAUGUUGUCUGGUUUUGGUUGUUGGGGGUCAGGGGUACUCCGGCUACACUCCGAUAUUGAUCAGGUAGUACAAUUUGUUCAUCCGUCUUAGUUUUUAAUGUAGCAUGCAUACCCCAAUAUUAUUACCAUUGUAUGAACAUGUAUAUAUAAUUUGAAAUAAAAUAUAAAAAAAAUAUU